AGACACACACACAAGCACAUACUCACACAGACACCCACCCUGCUGUGCCUGCAGCUGGUUAAACCCUGCUGUUAGGCCUCUUCCUGUGAGGAGCUAAGCUCAGCUCAGUCAUGAAGCGGCAGUUGGAGCUAGCAGCAUUGGGCCUGGGCAUUACAGGCUGGCUGUGCGCCAUCCUCACCCGCUGCCUGCCCCUGUGGAAAGUCAGCGGCACUCUGGACAACUCCACAGCCACGCUGCCAGCAUACUGGGAUGGGGUGUGGCUGGAAUGGGACCACUGGGACCUCAACCAUGACGGUAGCCUCCACUGCUCCUUCUACCAGUCUUUGUUAUCCCUCUCUGGAAACUUCCAAACAUGGAGAAGCUUGAUCAUGGCUUCUAUAGGUGCUGGAGCUUUUGCUGUGGUCAUCAGUAUCAUUGGAGAGGUGUGGUUUCCGAAGAGGAAUCAGGUGAAAGUUGUCUCCGGUGUGGUGUUUGUGCUGUCUGGAAUACUGCUGCUUGUCCCUGUCGCUUGGACCUGCCACCACACUAAUGAGCCACUGGAGGGCGCUGUGGUGCUGAGGAGAGACUGGGGAGCUGCACUGUACAUAGGAUGGAUCUCCUUCUCUCUGACGGUAGUAGGGGGAGGGUUUCUCAGUACUAGAUGCCUCACGUUCCAGCAGCAGGAUGAGUCAGAAAGAGGGAGUUACCCUCCAGGUUAUCCUGUGGCAGAGCAGGAGCCAACCAACCCCCUGGAUACUAUCCACAGGACUGCUUUUAGACACAGCCAGUAUGCUCGGGCAACAACACAACCUUCAUGAGAAGGGCCUUGAGUGAGGAACCUUCCACCUAUGAAUUAUUCUUCUGUGAAAUUCUCCCUAAAUUGCAUGUGUACUAGGUAUGAAUGGAUUUCUAGGUACUAUAGACAAUGUUAGAAGUCAUUCUUCUACUGCAAUGAAGCACUUUGAAAGAUGUUGAAGAAUUUAUAAUAGGGGUAAAGGAGUAGCACCAUGGAGAGGUAAUUGCGCUUUCAACUGUAAUAAUUGGGUCUGAAAUGUUGUCAACUUGCUUAAUUUUUGUAUUGGUGGUGAGGGUUAAGCAUCUAAGUGUUACAUUGCCUUCAGAAAGUAUUCACACCCCUUGACUUUUUCCACAAUUUGUUGUGCUACAGCCUGAAUUAAACAAUUAUUACAUUUAAAUCAAAUCAAAUCAAAUUUUAUUUAGCUUUUGUGACACUGGCCUACACACAAUGCCCCAUAUGUCAAAGUGGAAUUAUGUUUUUUAUAAAUUGAGAAGAAAUGAAAAGCUGAAACAUUUUGAGUCAAUACGUAUUCAACCUGUGUUACGGCAAGCCUAAAUACGUUCAGAAGUACACAUUUGGUUAACAAGUCACAUGAGCUGCAUGAACUAGUGUUUAACAUGAUUUUUGAAUAACUACCUCGUCUCUGUACCCCACACAUCUCUGCCCCAAUUAUUUGUAAGGGCCCUCAGUCGAGUAGUGAAUUUCAAACACAGAUUCAACCACCAAGACAAGGGAGGUUUUCCAAUGCCUAGCAAUGAAGGGCACCUAUUGGUAAAUGGGUCAAAAAUAAAGCAGACACUGAAUAUCUCUUUGAGAAUGGUGAAGUUAUUCAUUACAAUUUGGAUGGUGUAUCAAUACACACAGUCACUACAAAGAUACAGGCAUCCUUCAUAACUCAUAAAUACUUCAGAGUUCAAGUAACAGACAACUCAACAUCCAACCACCUCUAAAGGACACCAAUAAGAAGACGAGACUUGCUUGGGCCAAGAAACAUGAGCAAUGGACAUUAGACCUGUGGAAAUCUGUCCUUUGGUCUGAUGAGUCCAAAUUUGAGUUUUGGUUCCAACCGCUGUGUCAUUGUGAGAAGUAGAGUAGAUGAACAGAUGAUCUCCGCAUGUGUGGUUCCCACCAUGAAGCAUGGAGGAGGUGUGAUGGUGACACUGAUUUAUUUAGAAUUCAAGGCACACUUAACCAGCAUGGCUAUCACAGCAUUUUGCAGCAAUACGCCAUCCCAUCUGGUUUGCGCUUAGUGGGACAAUCAUUUGUUUUUCAACAGGACAAUGACUCAAAACACACCUCCAGGCUGUAUAAGGGCCAUUUGACCGAGAAGGAGAGUGACGGAGUGAUGCAUCAGAUGACCUGGCCUCCACAAUCACCCGACCUCAACCCAAUUGAGAUGGUUAGGAAUGAGUUGGACCGCAGUGAAAGAAAAGCAGCCAAUAAGUGCUCAGCAUAUGUGGGAACUCCUUCAAGACUGUUGGAAAAAUCAGUCCUCAUGAAGCUGGUUGAGAGAAUUCCAAGAGUGUGCAAAGAUGUCAAGUCAAAGUGUGGCUACUUUGAAGAAUCUCAAAUAUAAAAUAUAUUUUGAUUUAACACUUUUUGGCUUACUACAUGAUUCCAUGUGUUAUUUCAUAGUUUCUGUUUUCACUGUUAUUCUACAAUGUAGAAAAUAGUACAAAUAAAGUUAAACUCUUGAAUUAGUAGGUGUGUAGGUACUUUUGACCGGUACUGUAAAUCAGCUUGAAAAAUCUAUGGCAAGACUUGAAAAUGGCUGUCUAGCAAUGAUUAACAACCAGCUUGACAGAGCUUGUAGACCCUUUUCAAUAAUAAAUGUGCAAAUAUUGUAUAAUCCAGGUGUGCUAAGCUCUUAGAGACCUAUCAAGAAAGACUGACAGCUGUAAUCACUGCCAAAGGUGAUUCUAACAUGUAUUCACGUCACCCCGCUCCUCCGCUCUCUCCACUGGCUUCCAGUUGAAGCUCGCAUCCGCUACAAGACCAUGGUGCUUGCCUACGGAGCUGUGAGGGGAACGGCACCUCAGUACCUCCAGGCUCUGAUCAGGCCCUACACCCAAACAAUGGCACUGCGUUCAUCCACCUCUGGCAUGCUCGCCUCCCUACCACUGAGGAAGUACAGUUCCCGCUCAGCCCAGUCAAAACUGUUCGCUGCUCUGGCUCCCCAAUGGUGGAACACACUCCCUCACGACGCCAGGACAGCGGAGUCAAUCACCACCUUCCGGAGACACCUGAAACCCCACCUCUUUAAGGAAUACCUAGGAUAGGAUAAAGUAAUCCUUCUCACCCCCCCCCCCCUUAAAAGAUUUAGAUGCACUAUUGUAAAGUUGCUUUUCCACUGGAUGUCAUAAGGUGAAUGCACCAAUUUGUAAGUCGCUCUGGAUAAGAGCGUCUGCUAAAUGACUUAAAUGUAAAUGUAAAUGUAUUGACUCAGGGGUGUGAAUACUUAAAUAAAUGAGAUAUUUUAUUUAAUUUUCAAUAAAUUUGCUAACAUUUAUAAAAACAUGUCUUCACUUUGUCAUUAUGGGGUAAUGUGUGUAGAUGGGUGAGAAAAACAAUUUACAAAAUGUGGAAUAAGUCAAAGGGUAUGAAUACUUUCUGAAGGCACUGUACAAUUUCUGCUCGAGUAAUGUCAGUAAUACAUUCUUGAUAUUGCCCCUUUACCUGCAUAAACUUGGCAUAGGGCUAUUGAUUCAGUUUUUGGAGAGACAAUGCUAUAGUAAUCACAAAAAUGAAUAAAAACAAUGAAAUUA